GUUGUCAUUGCUGUCAUUCAUAAUUUUCCUAUUUAUUUGUGAGUGAAAGUGUUUUUGUUAGAAAUGUAUUUUGUUUGCAAGUUUUAUUCAUGAAACAAUAGAAAAGCAAGAUAAUUUUAUACAAAAUAAUGUAAAAAACCUUCCAGCGAUGAGUGUGUUUGGUGAUUUUCAACAAGUUUGGUUACAAAGGUUCCCCGAUAGCCCUUUACCAGGUGCAUGGGAGGAGGAUGUUAGAGCCAACUUAGCAAAACAUAAACAAAAGGUGCUACUUUUAAAAGAAGAACUAGAAAAAGAGCAAUUCUACGUUGAAUAUUUGGAAAGGCUGUUAAGUGAUGUUGAAGAACAUAAGAAAAAAAUAUCAAAAGAGAAAAGUGAUGAAUCUGAUGAUGUCAUUGUAGAUACUGUAUCUAAAGCUGAAGUUACCACAACCGAAGUUAGUAAACCUGCGACAAUAUCUUUAAAUGUCGAAGAACCCGAAAAUAUAUCAGCUAAUAUGUGUGUUAACGAAUUAUCCAAACAAUUGGUUAACAAUGAAGUACCAGAGAAAUAUGAACCCACCGCGCCGCCUGAUCCGGAUCCAGGAACCUUUGUUACAGUGAUAGAGGUGAACGGUUUAAAACAAAAUACUUCUCCAGUUAAAAUACCUCCAAAGGUACCUCAAAGACCAGAUUCCUUAAGAACCAAACCAAAAACAAGCUCCAGUGAUUCUAGAUCAUCUUCAUCCGAAUUCCUUGUAGCUACAGACGAACCUUAUUAUGAUAUGGUUGCCACAGACGAAGAUUUUAUAGUUAAAAGUAAUCAUUCCAGUACUGAAAAUGUUUUUAGUUCAACUAGCACCCUACAGAUAGAAUCUAAGAGAGAUUCGACGCAAGCCGUACAAGAUCCACAAUCUCCAGGCACUUCGAAUUACGUCAAUAUUGAAUAUUUUAUACAUGCAACUAAAAAGAAUGGUAAUGGUCAUAGUAGUAGCGAAGAUGAACAAGAAGAUAUAACAGAAUUGAGAAGACAAAAUGAUAACAGUUCCUAUGCAAGUUCCAGUUCUUUGGAAUCUGUAACACCUGCGAGUAGAAGAAAAUUUAGUCACGAUGGAAGUGAUGUAAAGGGUGAAACAGAUAGAAUGUAUAAAAGUAUUUUUUAUAAUAUAACCGACAGUGAAAGUAACUACGUUGAUUGGUUAAGUUUUUUAUUAAAGUACAUGAAGGCAAUUCAAGCAACUAUAGGAACUUCACAACCAAUCGUUAGUGAAUCAGAAUUGAACACAAUUUUCUACAAAAUUCCGGAAUUGUAUAAUUUACACGCCAAUUUCCUGGAGGCACUCAAAAGACAUAUCCAAACUUGGGAUACAAGAAUAGGAGAACAAUUCAAAAUAAUGGCAACGAAUCUAUCAUUAUACGGGGCGUUUUUGAGCAAUUACGGUUUAGCAUUGGAUACAGUUAGGAAAUGUAGUGCUGCAAAUGUACAGUUUGGGGAAAUAUCAAAAAAUAUAACGUGUAAGCAACUUUCUGGACAACCGAUUAGUUUAGAAGACCUUUUGCAUAAACCGGUAGCUAGGGUACAAAAAAAUGCGUUAGUCUUACAUGAUUUGUUGAAAUUUGUUCCUUCUUCGCAUCCGGAUCAUCACAGUUUAGCUGAAGCUUUAAAUCUCACCCAGAAUUUUUUGGACCAGUUCAAUAUGAUACAAACAAAAUCUAUGUUUCCUGCUACUGAUAGAGCGCAGAGGAGAUUAGUGAAAAAUUCAUUUAUUGUUGAAUAUGUAGAUGGUCAUAGAAAAUUGAGGCAUUUAUUUUUAUUUAAUGACGUUAUAGCUUGUGCCAAAUAUAAGACUGCUGGUAGGAAUGAAAAGUAUACAUUCGAAUUGAAGUGGUUCAUACCAGUUGAAGAUAUAUUAACAUUAGAAGAGACUACUGCAAAUCUACACGAAGUAUCGCAAUCAAAUAUAGUAGCUUUGAAAUCUCAAGCUUCGAAUGUUAGAGAUCAGUUGCGACAAGAAGAAAAAGCGAACGAAGACAAGAAUCGUUCUAAAUUACUCCGCGGUUCGGAUAAAUAUAGAAAAAGACUGAUAGAACUAGAAAGUCAAUUGGUACUGGUAUCACCGAAUCUUGUUUACCGUAUAAAGAACAAACAGACCGGUCGUACUUAUAUGUUCUUCUUAUCGUCUGAUUUCGAACGUACCCAAUGGAUAGAGGCGAUAUUGACGUUACAAAAGACUGAACGUACCGGAAAGGUUACUGCCCAACCAUUCAAUAUGUUGGAAUUGCAAACUUGGAUAACCGCUUGUAGGCAAUUUUUGAAAACUAAUAUGGGAUCGUAUUUAUUGAGGAGUGGAAACGAUGAGAGUUUAUUAGUAGGUGAUUUGCAUGUUUACAUCUACGAUUUGACUGGGUUGGAAUAUUACUGUGAUUUAUAUAUAGUCAUCGAAGUCGACUUUUACGGUCACUUCUUUCAAAAAGCCAAAACGAAAGUAAUUUGUAAUACGAACAAUCCGCAAUGGAACGAAAAUUUCAUGAUAGAUUUGGAAGGUUGUGAAAACCUUCGGGUAUUGGUUUACAGAGACGGUAUGACGAAUCCCACUCUAUUCGGUAAACAUACACAAAAAUUGAGUAGGAAAUGGUUGAAUCAACACAUCACUGAGAAAAGUUUGUCCAUAAACGGUUGUACAUUACGUAUGGGUUUGAAAUACAUUCCUUGUGAAAUUAGUUUAAGGAGAGUACCGACUGGUAAAACUGGGGCCUUAUUCGGCGAAAAAAUACAAGCUGUAUGCAAGAGGCAGAAACGCGACAUUCCUUUUAUUGUAACUGCAUGUAUACGGGAAGUGGAAAGGAGAGGCAUGGCAGAAGUAGGAAUAUACAGAGUGUCUGGUUCUUCUCUUGAUAUAACCAAAUUAAAAAAAUCUUUCGAAACAAAUUCUUAUGAGGCUGAACAACUUCUAAAAGAAGUGGAUAUUCAUUCGGUGACUGGUAUUUUGAAAUUGUACCUAAGGGAACUACCAGAAGCUUUAUUUACUGAUUAUUUGUAUCCUGAACUUUUGGAAGCUUUUAAUCAGAGCAACGGUAACUUAAAACGUAGAACUGAAUUACUUAAGGAAUGCUUUCAAAAACUACCCAAGCAGAACAGCGAAACCAUUAAAUGCAUAUUGGAUCAUUUAAUAAGGGUCCAUCGACACGAGAGCGACAACAAAAUGUCGCUGCACAACUUGGCGACUGUCUUCGGUCCAACGCUUCUACGUCCAGCAGUCAAACCGGACAACAUAAAGCAAAAAGACACUUUGGCCGCUGGUACCGUGGACGUAAUGGCUCAAGCGGGCAUCCUCUACUGCUACCUCCAGGAUCUCUUGAAUACAUCGCAGAGGAUAUGUAGAUGAAAUGGGUAUUUUAAAGGAUGAGGUUUUCUAAAGUAAUAAAAUACCAUUACUGUAACCCAUCACCAUUUAUGAAACACCAAAUCUCCUUUAUAUAUAUUUGUAUACAUGCAAUGCGACUGUAAUUAUCUUUAUUUUUAAGUAUAUUUUGUAAAAUAUUAACAGAGCUAAGUUCAGGAAGUGUGAGUUUUGAAAAAUAUAAUUUUUUAAGGUAUGUCUAGUGCAAAGUGUUUACUGAACGUAGGACAUAUUUCCAAUUGAAAAUAUUGACAACUAUGCUUUAAUUGUCAAAUUGAUUCAUUACUGCAAUGUUCACUGCAGUGAAUUUGUUGAGGUUUAUUUGAACUAUUUUGUCGAUUUUGUGGGGUUUUUCAAACAGUUUAGUUUCUACAAUUUUAUAUUCUGUGGAUUCUUCAUUCGAACUACUUUUUGAGUAAGAAUUUAUUUAUUAUUUCCAUUUUCUUGAUUCUUCUAGCUGAGGAAUAUUUUUUAAUCAGUACAGGAUCAUUUGAACUACUUCCACUGUUAAUUCAGUUUCUACCUCACUUGUUGGUUUUAUUAUAAAAAAAAUCGUUUAUUUCCAAAUUUCACCAAUGAAAAACUGUAUUUCAACAACUUAUUCAGAUCUAUCUACAAUCUUUCUUCAUUUGAACUACUUUUCGAGUUUUGAUUGCAUCGAUUGCUGAAGCCGAGUAAUAUGGUUUAUUUGAACUACUCUAUCAAUUAACAGGAAUUUUUAUAUUUCUGAAACGACUUAGUUAUCAUUUGAGGUCUAUUUGAACUAUUCUCAACUGUUAGUUCAGUUUCUACUUCUCUUUUUAGGUUUAUUUUGGAAAAAACUCAUUUAUUCCCAAAGUUUAUCAACGGAAAACAUUCCAACCACUUAUUCAGACCUAUUCUACAAUAUUUCUUCAUUUGAACUACUUUUUGAGUUCUGAGCUUGAUUAUACUUUGCAUUGAUUGCUGGAGCUCAAUUUAAGGUAUAUUUGAAAUACUUUAUAAUUUUUAAUUUGUGAAACGAUUUGUACAUCAUUUAAAUGAACUAUUUACAACUGUUAGUUCAGUUUACUAAUUGGGAGGUUUAUUCGAAGAUCUUUUCUACUGUCUCUUUUCAUUUGAACUACUCUUUGAACUCCGAACUUAAUUAUAAUUUUUAUUUCCUCUAUUGCUUGAGCUCAGGAAUAUUUAUAAAUCAAUUCAAGGUUUAUUUGAACUAUUCUCAAUUGUUCAUUAGGUUCUACUUCUCUUAUUGAAUUUAUUUUGAAAAAGUUCACUAAGGUAGAAGUUUAUUCAAACUACUGAUUUAAAUCUUUUUUCAUUUUGUUGGUUUUUGUACAUUAUAUACCAUUCAUUUCAUUUGAACUACUUGAUGGUUUAGUUUCCGCUUCUUUUAGGAUUUAAAACAACUUUGCAAUUUUUAAAGUUCAAAUGAACUACUUUUAGUUAACAAUGCCUACUUGUGUAAUAUGAAUUAAUUAUUGGUAGUUGAAGUAUAGUUUUUAGCUAUUGUAGUAAUAAAAAAAUAUGUUAUAUAUUUAUAAACUGAAUGGCAGUUUAAAAAAUUUGAAAAAAAACUUUACAUGUUUAUAGAUGAACAAACAACUAAUUUAAUUUUUUUUUUUGUUUUUCUUAGGCUUGAAGUUUUAAAUUUAUUAUAUAAAUAUUCUAGUCAUAUUAUUUAUUUUUUUUUAUACAAUUGAAAUUAAAAAUUUCGCCCAUAAAUAUCGAGACUACUUACCCAUAAUAUGAAGUUCAUUUGAACUACUUCUCAAAUACUUUAUUUUCUAAAUUUAAUGAUUAUUUGCCACCAAAAUACACAUAUUUUAAAUAAAUUAAUAGUUUUAUGUCUCGAUCAAUCAAUAUUAGGCAAAAAAUUGACUUAAUAUAUAAUUUUUUUUUAAACUUAAUAAUGUAGGAGCAAUAAAUUCUGAUGUAGUACUUAGCAACUUCCGGUUAUAGUAUUUUGCUUCAAUUAGAAUUUUAUUUUGACAGAUUCGAGUAUUUUAUUGAUAUAAAGUGUAAAAAUUGUUUACGUUAGUUAGGAAUCGAUUUAAUUUAUAGUCGAAAUGUAUCGAACACCCUGUAUCGUACUAAGGCAUUCCUCUAUAUUCAUUGUAAACACUUUGUACUAAUAAAAACUUUUGAUAUAUUUGAUUAUUGAACAGUAUUCAUUUUAUUUAUGAAAACUUCAUUUGCAAUCUUUAAAGUAAUAUACAAUUUUUUAUAUACAGGUUGCGGCAGUGAAUUCUGCAUUUUUGAACAUCUAACAGAUGCAUCAUUUUUCAUACUUAUAAUUUGAAUGAUUAAAACAUUCUUGGAGGCAAUUUCUGAAAUCGCCCAUUACGUCAUGAAGUAUGCUCUGAGGUUAUCUAGCUAAUUUUUGAAAUUCUAGGGAAUAUUUUGGAUUUUUGGGGUUUUCUAACUAAUUUUUGAGGUUGCCUAGCUAAUUUUUUAAUUUCUCUAAGUAUUUAUUGGUGAAAUUUUUUGAUUUUCUAGCUAAUUUUUGGGGUUUUCAAGCAAAUUUUUGGGUUUUUCUUGCUAAUUUUUUGGAUUUUCUGGCUAAAAUUUGCAUUUUUCUGCCUAGUUUUUGGGGUUUCGUAGGGAGAUUUUGGGUUUCUCAACUUAUUUUUGAGGUUUUCCAACAAAUUUUUUGGUGUCUAGCUAAUUUUUGAGGUUUUGGAGAGAUUUUGGGUUUUUCUAGUUUUAGAGGAGAAAUUGCUGAGGGUUUUUGUUUGGAGGAACGGUAACCUUGACAACUCAUCCCUAGGUAUCUAUAGCCGUUUAAAAAAUGCAGGAUUGCCGCACCUUAUACAUUUCUCAUAGAUUUAUAGAUUAUUAUAAUUUGAUAUGAGCACUAACAGAAUCUCGAAUUUUCAAAAAAAACACAUUAUCUGGUAUUUGUAUGAGUAUUUGGAAGGUAUCUAAAAAAUUUAAAAGUUUAGUGAGUAUUUUUGGGCUACUGAAAGGAAUAUGUGUAGCUUUAUAGUAUGCAGGCAGCUUAAAUUUUUUUUUAGUCCGUUUAACUUAAGAAUUAUUCAACUAAGGCUGUAAUGGUUGCAUAUUAGAUGUUUUCAUGGAAAUAAUUGAAAAUUAUCCAUAUUUUUAGUUCUUUUGGCCUAUACCUUUCUUAUCUCUUCUUCUCACCACUUUUUUUUGCCUUAACACCCCUUGUAGUAAUUUUUUUACGUAUUGGCCUUAUAUUUUGGUUUAUAUAAUUAUUAAUCAAUUUUUUUAGGUUAUAUUUUUAAAUUGUUGCUUUCAGUUGAUAAAAUUAUGACUGUCCAAGCAAAUUUAGCUGUAAAAAAUGUACUGAUAGGGUUGCUAUUUAUAUAUCUAACAAUGAUUCAUGAUAAAAACUAGUUCAAAGGAUUCUCCGUUAAAAUUUACUCACUUUCUUUCCAUGAGUUUGAACGAAUUUUCCAUUCUGACUGAAGUAGCUUAAAAAUUUGUUUGUUUUUGAUGUUUCGGAACAAAAUUUUGUACUAAAUAAGACUAUCAACUAAAACUUCCUAUAGCGACUAGAACGAGGAAAAAACACCAUCCAACAUCAGAAUUGAACAAAAACGCACUUUAAUGGUGAAAAAAAAAACAGUCCAAUAGAGAAGGGAAAGUGCCCUAUUUUGGGAUCUGACAAUCCCUUGGUGUUCAGGAACCCUAAGGAACUGAUAUUGUUAUGUCAGACGAAUGGGACACUGUUAAAAGACUUCCCAAAGCGACUGGAACAAAGAAAAAACAUCGUUCAACAAGAUUGGACUUUCUCCAAUGAUUUAUGACUAACAAAUUGUUGUAUAUUAUUCAGAAUUGUCAGUCCUACAUUGCUCCAACUGUCGAUACCUAACACUUGACUGAUAAAUCCAAUCAUUUGUUUCAAUGUGUUUUUUUGUUAAAUAAAUGUUGUAUUUGGUUUGUCUCGAAAUAUAAAUAGCAACCCUUGUAUUUAGAAAAUAUGCUACACUACAGGUAUUAAAUUCUCAAGGACCACUAAAAAACAAAUUAAAUGUAGUUAUAAUCAGUUAACCCCCUUUUUGCAUACAAUUUAUUUAUUACAUAUUAUUGCUUUGUCAAAGUAUCGUAGCAUCAACAUAUGUCACUUAUAUCAACUUAUUAGUCCCCUAAUUAUCGAUUGAUGUGCAAUAUACCAAUAAAAAGCAAUAUUAUGUUAUAUUCGUUGCAAAUAUCUUGUAUGGAUUUUAAAUUGAAGGAUCGAUAUUGAAAUUUUAAAUGCUCUACUGAAUACAUUUUGGUAAUUUGAGGUUCCCAAAUUAAUCCAAUGAGACAGUUUUGAUAAUUCACAUGUUUUUCUUUCUUGCUAAUCUACUUAAUGUUGAAAAUCGAACAAUUCUGGUGAAAACAACCCUAUGAUCACCAUAAUCUAGUGUAACUGUCUUCUUAACUGGUAGCAGACUGUUCUAAGUUGACAAAGUUUUUUUUCUGUGUGGGUUCUGUUCGAUUUUAAUUUAAAACCAUUUUCAAAUCUGCAAAUUUCACCUAUAGCAUUUGGAAAUAAAAUUUUCAUGUUUCAACCCCGAAAUCUUGAUUGUUUCUUUACUCAUAAUUACUUAAAAAUAACAAUAACAACAAAUAUUAAGAUAAAUAAUUCCCCGAGUUAUUUAGAUUUUUCUGCAAAAAACUCGUAUUAUUUACCCCUUUCCCUUGUUUUAAAAGUAAAUUUACAAAAAGUCCUUCUCAUGGUAUAAUACAAGAUAAGAAAAAAACAAACACAACAUACAAAACUACGUCUCUCGGUUCCAAAGAAAUUAUGGAUUUUGAUAAACAGUACCGGGAUUUUUAAAAUUAGAAGUAACACGUUCUUAAUAAAAUUCAUAAUAUUUAUGCUUCGUUAUAAUUAAUGUUUAACCUCAAUAGGUGUUGACGUAUUGGACAAAUGAUAGUUGAACUGGCGGUACCUAAAACUACGUCUAUCGGUUGUAAAGAACUUCUAGAUGACAUAUGAAUUUUGGUGUGACAGUACCGGACUUUUUAAAAAUUUCGGCACAUUUUCAAGAUUAAAACAACUUCGAAAUUUCUAAAUUAGAAGUAGCAACUUAAAUUUUUUGAAUAAAAUUCGCAACAAUUAUGCUUCGUACUAAAUACAGAUGACAGUUAAGCUGACUGUGUCUAAAACUACGUCUGUUCCAAAGAACUUCUACGUUUAACAUAAUAUAUAGAUUCUGAUAAGACAGUACCGGACUUCGCACAUUUUCAAUUUGUACAAAAUUACUUAAUAAAUGUAGGUAUUUAUUAGGGUAGGAUAAUUAAAAAUUUUCCUAUUAAUUUUAUAUUCGAAAUUGAAAAAUGAAAAUUUCGAGUCGAAUGACACCAAAUUUAUACUCGAAAUCAGUUUUUGUUAUAUAUAUAAAAAUAAAGUUACUUUCUAUAUCCACUUCGUAUAAAAAUAUUUUAAUUAAAAACUCUUUAACUCAAACUUGAAAAUCAUCAAUUUAUAUCUAGUAAGUAUAUUUCAAAUUGAAUUAAAUCUGGUAAGUACGGUCAUGUAUUGUUUAUACUCACCCGUGGAAGUUUUUUCUGACCAUUCUUUGUAUACAGCACACAAAACCGUAUUUAUAGAUGAAAUAUAUUGAUUUAAACACUCUUUACAUUCCAAAUAAACAAUAAAAUGAUAACAUUUAACACUAAACCACAAUAUUAAACAAAACAUCGGGAGAUAUUAGACUCAAGUGUUAUACAAUAUGGCGGAAUUAUUGUUAUUUUGGUCACGUGUUGUUCCCGUUAUAUUAAACCUUAUAACAGUACACAUCUAUUUUUUAUCGAUCCUUUAUAUUCAAUUUAAAAUAUUUCUGCUUUGCAUUUCGAUAUUAUUUUAAGCACAAAGUGCUAAAAAAAUUUCUAUUGGGAAAAUGUAAUUUGUUUCAAAAAUAAUGACAAAUAGGUGCCUUUCUACAAAUUCAAUGAAAUAAAUCAUUUUUUUUAGUUCAUAAUCGAAAUGCGUAGCAAUAUUCUUGUCUUCUAUAAAUAAUGAACAAAUCUAACCUAUAUAUUUAUAUAUGUAUAUACUUUUAUUUUACUUUGUAACUAUUCCUGUAAAUGUGUGAUUGUAUGUAAUAUUUAUUAUGUAAAACAGUGAGUUAUGGCGUAAGGUUACCCGUAAGUUGAUAUAAACAACUAACUUGUAUUAUUCUUCCAUAAAAUACGGUCAUUUAAGCAACAAAAGAAAAAUGAAAAACUUCUCGAUAUAAGAUUUGAAAAAAAUUACAUUGUUACUUUUUGACAAUAACUUUAUAUAAACAACUAUCAGAUACGUUCGACCGUUGUUUUCAUCGUUGCCACGUUGUAAUUUUUAUCCCAAUAGUAGGUAUGAAAAUAUUACUAUGUUAAUAUUCAAUUCAGCUUAUAGGAUCAACAAAUGAGAAAUUUUAACAACUAAAUGUUACAAUACUGACGAAUGAUUCCACAAGGCUGUCAACUUUAAUAAUGUAAUUCCCUAAUACACCAGUAGUGAUUUCACUUACACUUUGUUCCCUGCUGCAGAGACGUUUUACACAUAUUUUUAUAGUUGCCACGUUGUAAUUUUUAUCCAAGUUGUAGGUAAAAAAUGAUGAAAAGUUAUUACGAUUAUAUUGAAUUCAACUAAUAGUAAAUAUGAGGUUAAAUUGUUAGUUUCAUUAAAAAAAUUGGGCUGUAUUCUGAUUUAUUUUAUUAAGUAUUAUUUAUUGAAUUUUCAAAUUAUCACAUCAUUAUAUUUGUACAUGUUUUUUCUCAACUUGUGGUCGUUUCGUUCUCCCGCUAACACUCGUUUAUUGCUCCGGCGUCUUUAAAUCUGCACUCUAUGACAGGACCGUAAACAGGACUGUAAAAGUUUUAUUUAUGUUUUUACUUGACUUUAUAGAAAUAACUGAUUCUGUCCUACUAGUAAAAUCCGAACAAAAAAUGAUUAAAAAACAAGAAAUUCUAACAAUAAAUGUGACAAAAUUGACGACUAAUGCCACAAGGCUGUCAAUUUCAAUAAUGUAAUUCCUUAAUUCACUAGUAGUGAUUUCACUUACACUUUGUGAUAGAUUUUGUUCCCUGCUACAGAGACGUUUGACACAUAUUUCCAUAGUUGCCACGUUGUAAUUUUUAUCACAGUUGAAGGUACAAAUUAAUAAAAAGUUUACUACUAUAAUAAAUGUUGUACAGGGCUGCUAACUUUAAUAAUGUAAGAUCCCCUAAUACACUGGGAGAAAUUUCACUUACACUUUACGACAUAGAUUUUGUUUCUUGACUACAACAGUAAUUACGUCCAAAUGCAAACUGUAGUUUAUUCGUUUCGAUUAUUUAUUUUUAAUUUGAUCUCUUAUCAAUAAUUGGAAGAAUAAUUCUUGUUAAACAUUAUAAUCGAUGAUCUUCGGACUUAUUGGAUACUUACUUGAUAGUAUGCAUAGUAUACCUGCAUUCAAAUUAUAUUUUAUAUACAUUUAUAAUUGAUUGCAAUAAAUAUAUUUACAAUAGAAUCCUUGAUUUCACUACACAUGAAUAUACAUGGAAAAAAAAAUCAUUUUUUGUCUCCGGUCAGUACUUCCGGGAUAAUGAGAACUCGUUCGUUUAGCGUUUUCCAGGUCGUAGAAUUCAUUUAUCAAGAUACCAUUUUCUGUUUAGGUUAAGUUUACUUUGACUUAGCUUAGUUUCUUUGAAAAAACCGGAAAUCAAUUAAAUCAUGGUUUAAACCGGAAGUACCAAUUUCCGACAUCUGUAACCUCGA